GAAAGCAGAUGAUUGAUAGCUACGCUACCCAAUACUGGGGAGCCAUUCCGUGAGGUGGGCGUGACUUUUACAGGAAGCUCCGUGACGUGCCGGAGAAUUGCUUUGCAGACGCACGCAGAGAGGCAGCACAGCCAUGAAUCAGACACAGCUGUUGGAAGAGCCUCUCAGUGCUGAAGAGGAGGAGCAGGGGGUGAACGAGGAUUCAGCCAGCGAGGGGAGCCAGAAGCUGCCAAUGGGCAGACUGCGACUCUUCAGCAACGCACACUGCAAGGAGACAGAUUUCCAGUUGUUUGCGGGGGAGAACACGGUGGGGCGUGGGGAGCCGUGCGCGGUGGCCCUCCUCGCGGGGUCGGUAUCGAAGCGCCACGCUGUCAUCGAGAUCGAGAGGGGCUCCCACCUGCUGUGGGACUGCGGCAGCCUCAACGGGACGCGCAAGGGCCGCACGCAGCUGAAGCCUCGGGUGCGAUACGACCUGCAGGACGGGGAGCUCCUCGUCUUCGCAGACCUGCCCUGCCAGUACUUCAUCCUGCCUCCGGGGCGGGCCAGUGAGACAGCCAAUCAAACGGCAUGCUAUCUUAGGACAGCCAAUCAAACCGCUGUCUCUGUCAGGAAGAAAGAAGCAGGGCCAGCUUCUGAGUUCAAGACACCCUCCACGAAGAAUGUUGGAUCAGACCCGGUGGAAACAACUGUACCUCCAAAGGCGUCUAAAGGGCUAAUCGAAAGGACAGCCAAUGGCGGCGCAAAGUUGCAGGGGACGGACCCAGCUAUGGAACGACCAGCCAAUCAGAAAGCUGAAGAGGGAAACAAUGGAGGAAGAGGAGGCGGGAUCAGAAUGGUUGACUCGGGUGAUGAUGAUGAUGAUGAUGAUUCUCUCAUGCUGCCGGAUACUCAAGCCCAUGUGGAGACCCGCUCACUGGCACUGGAGGAAACGCCUGCCCUGUCAAAGAGGGGAUUCGCAACACCCCUCGUCGUGGACUCUGAGGAAGAGGAGGGGGCGAGGAAACUCAACGACACUUCGGCAGGUCCUGGCCCCAUAAACUCCACAUUCCUCUCUCCAGGGGCCACUGUCAUCCCUGAAAGUGAAGAUGAAAGCUCCAUUACCCCAGGUACCAGUCCCAAUGUACAAGCCUCAAAGGGUCAAUCCACAACCAGGAGCAAAGGGGUCAAGCCAAUGCCUUUACUGGUAAGCAGCGACACAGAUAGUGAAGACCUGGCUGCUCAGAAAGGCCACAGCAAAUCAAAAUUAAAAACCAAAAGGCCAGCGGAACAGAGGAGACCAGCAGCAGGUAAAACCAGGAGGGAGAGGUCAGCCAGCGAGGGGCCGCAGGACAGUGACUCGGGCGCAGAACAACUUAACGGGACGAAGGGUCAGGAAGAGAAGGCUGUGUGGACCAGGAUCAAGGACCAACCAGUGUCCGAGCACUCCGGGUACAUUCAGAGAUCGGAAGAGAAGGGAGUGCAGGCGGUGGGGAGGGCACCCGGAGAUGAAACCGUGGGGAGCAACAAGAAGAAUGAUACAGACUCUGAAGAACUAGAGGGGAGGCAGGGUGAGGGUAGCAGAUCAGAGAACACCAAAGGAGAGAAAGCGCUGGCUGUCUUCCAGCUGGACAGUGAUACUGAUAUUGAGGAGGAGGAGGAAGAGGAAAAGCAAGGUAAGGAGAAAACUGACUCUGCUGCUGCUGCUGCUGCUGCUGGAAGUGGAAACCAAGUGGAGGUACCAGAACUACGAGAAUCUGCAGUUCCUUCUGCUCCUGUAGAACUGGAUGCGUUUCAUCUGGACAGUGACACUGAUGUUGAACAGGAAGAGGAUGAGCAGCCUGUGGGUGAGCCCUCCACCUCUGCAGUCAAGGCUGCCUUAAAUGCUGACUCCAUGUCUGAACAGCAACCUCAAUCUGAUGCUGGUCCUACAGUGAUGAACGCCUUUCAUGUGGACAGUGACACCGAUGCGGACGAAGGAGAAAAGGAGCAACCUGUUGAAGACUCUUACAACUCCAGGGGCGGGUGUGAUGUUGACGCCUCAAGUAAGGAGCGAUCAUCCACAGCCACAGCUGCUCCUGGCCCUGUCACUCUAAAUGUGUUUCAUCUGGACAGCGACACUGAUGUGGAUGAAGAAGACGUUGAAGAGCAGCCAGUGGAUGAGUCCUGCAGCUCCGCAACCAAGGCUGGGUUAGAUGUUGACGCAUCAACAGGGCAACAAGCAUCCACCACUCCAAUUGCUCCUGCGGAGGUGACCGCUUUUCAUCUGGACAGUGACACAGAUGUUGAAGAAGAAGAUGAAGUCAAGUCUUUCAGUUCUGCAACCAAGGCAGGGUUAGAUGUCGUCACCUUGGCUGAACAACAAGCACCCUCAACCUUGACCACAAGUGCCCCUGGCCUGCAGAGCAUGAUCCAAUCGGACAGUGACACCGACGUGGAAGACGAAGCGGAUUUGUCUAAGGCUGACGCGACUGCAGAGGGUGAAGAAGGAAAGACUGGGAAGCCAAGCUCACCACCGGAAAAGGAUGCCACCAGUCUCCAUAAUGACAGUGACACAGACGUGGAGGAAGAGAAUCUGGCACCUAAAGCUGGCAAAACAGGACUGGAUCCCAUGAAGCAGGACAGUGAUUCAGAAACUGAAGCUGGCGCAGCAGAAGACACAUCCAGGCUUGAUGAAGAGGCUACACAGGCAUUCAUCUUCCAGCCUGUCAAUGGGGGAGAUCAGGGGGCCUUCAAACAGCCAUUUGCAUCUGAUUUUAGCAGAAGAAGCCUGCCCUCUAUAUCAGGUGCUCCGAGGCCUCUUGGACACCCCAUGGAGCAGAGUGAUGAGGAAGAUCUCGUUGUCGCUGAGACGCAGUCUUUCUGCACCAAUGCCGAUAGCAGCGACUCGGUUGACCCUGCCUUAGAAGCUACCCAGCAGUAUGAGUGCGGGUUGGACCAAUCCAAAGAGACAGAGGAAGAGCCCACACAAGCCUACAGUUUCGACCUGGGAACUGAGGCACGGGCGACCCAAAGUGGCGGUCUCCGACUGGCCCUGUCUGAGGGCACAGAGACAGAACCGACCCAGGAGGUCACGCGUGAGGCGGACACGCAGCGCCUAGCACAGACUGCGAAUGCUGUGGAGUCAGCCUGGAGUGCAGAGCAGGAAGAGGCAACCCUAGACUUCAACUGCGUCCUGUCUGAGGCAUCCAAACCCACAACCGACCUGAAACCAACCUGCGCUAGCAAUGCUGCUGCUCAUCAUGAUGCAGAGACUCAGCCCAUGCUUUUUGACCUCUUUGAUGACACAGAGGCUGCUGAAGAUGCACACAUCCAGCGUGAAAGCCGCAGCGCGCCUUCUUUCACUACUGCAGAGACUCAGCUCAUUGAGUUUGAGACCCAAGAACAUGACAAUACCCAACCUGUUCUUUCACACCACCAGCCUUGUGAAUCCAGGCAGGCACAAUCCGUCCCCCGAUACGAGAUGGAAACAGCAGCUGCAGAAACUCAGCCCGUAGACUCGGAAGCAGCUGGUGCAGACACACAACCCUUAGGAUUCAGGCUUGAGAGCCAGGCUGAGUCUCUGACAAGUGGAGACGCCGCAGUUGAACCCGUGCAGUUCACUAGCGAAACCUCCCAGACGCAGCUUGGCCCACGGCCUGAGAUGGAGUCUGUGGAGGAAUCCAUGCAGGAUACAGUGCCCAUCAGAGCCCAGGGACACAGUAGGGGUCCCACAACAGUCUCCAGUGCUAAGAUUAGUGAUGACACAAGUAGUUCUGCCGGUACAACUACUCGGGAGUCGGAGGAACCAUCUGUUUGCCCGGACUCAAGCACGCAGUCCAUCAGCUUCCAGAUGUAUCUGACAGAUGGAGAGGCCUGCAGUAAUGAGCAAGGGAAGAAACAUGCAAGGAAUGAUGAUGCCUGCCCUGUGGCUUCCACAGGCCCAGUGCCUCUGACCAAAGACACGAUGGCUGUGGGAAAAACUCUGGAGGAAAUAUCAAGUCAAGGCGGUAGAAGAGGGAAUAAAGGCAAGGAGGGAAGGACUGAUGGAGCUGAGCAGAAGGAGCAUCCUUCACUUGUCGGCCAGGCUGCAGUUGAUUCGGGAUCAAACCUCUCGGUCGAAGAUGAAGGCAGAAGUAAAGGGGCAGCAAGGAGAGGAGGUAGACUCCGACUCGGCAGACGUCAGAAGGGAAAAGAGACUGAGGCAGGAAAAGAACAGGCAGAAGGAGAAAGUAACGUGGCUUCAGGAGAAAAUGUGGAGCAGCCAGCGGUAGGUGGCAGGAGUGAUGGAGGAGAUGGACCCAGCUGUGAAGAAGGCAUGGAAGGUGCUGAUGAGACGUUAAUAGAGAGCACAGAGCAGGUAGCGACUGUAGAGGAAACCGGACCAGGAAGAGAAAAGCAUCCCAGUGGUAGUGCUGAAGCAUCUGGAAGCAAGAGUGAACAGAAGGAUGGAGAGAAACAAGAUGAAGAGGAGGGGGAAGCCGGUACCACUCCAGGGGGUUUGAGUAGCAGACGGAAGUCGAGGGUAACCAAACAGCAAACUCCGAGGGACGGAGGCAGAGCCAAGGCUGCAUCAAAAGCUGCUGCUUCUGCAUCUGGAGCUGGGAGAGACCUUGUUCUUGCUAUGGAAGACCACGGCUUGGAGAAUCAACAAAGGAAAGAAAAUGAGGAACCUCAGGGAACGAAGGAACCCAAGAUGGCCCCAAUCUUCCUGAGGAAAUCCAUGAAAGGGCUGACCUCAGAAGCACAGGUGACUCCUGUGAGGAGAAGUGGAAGAGCCGGGAGAACAUCUACAGCUUUGGAGACACCAGAAGCAUCACUGGCAGCCGGAAGAGUCGGGGGGCUCAGGAAAAAGAGGGGGGUGACAACAGCUAGGGAGGAGGAAAAGAAUAAAGAGGAGGAAGAAAAUGUGGUGGAAGAAAAGGAGCAUGUUGGUCUGAAGCGAAGGCGGACAGCUGAGGAUGGAGGAGAUGUUGAUGCUGUAGAGAUCUUGCAUCCAGCAGAACAGCAGCAGCCAUCAGAAGGGGAUUCGAGGCAAAGUGAAAGGGAAUUAACGGAGGAGAAGAGUUCUGAAGUUAAAAGACGGGGAAGUAGCCGGAGGAGGCUUCUUUCAAAGUCUGACCCUGUCCUGGUUCUGGAGGCAAGUGAAGAAGAGGCCGCCAAUGUGAGAGGCACGAGGCAGGCUGAUUCUGGGUAUAUUCAGCCAGAGCCAAGAGAGCAAAACAAGACUGUGGAAGCUGAAAAAAACCCUAAGGGGAGGGGAGGCAAGAGGAAGCUGGCGUCAAAGUCAGACCCUCUCCUGCUGGAGACGAGCGAAGAAACAGCAUCGGAGGUCAGUCAGGAAGAAGUCCCGAAGGUGAGAGGCCAAAAACAAGCAAAGUCUGUUCUUCCCGAGGCAAGCAAAGAAGCAGCUUCAGAGGUUGAGCAAUUCGAGGCGAGAGGAAGGAAUCGGGUCAGAUUAGGAGCAAGUGAGCAAGAUGCAGCUGGAGAAGUGCCUGAAGUAAGAGGCAAGAAGCAAGCCAAUUUGUCUGAUAGUCUCUUGUUGGAGGCAGGUAGUGAAGAAGCUUUUAAGGUCAGCCAAACAGAAGUACCGGAAGUUCAGAUGGAGCCAAAUGAGCAAGAGGCUAGUGAAGAGGUGCCAGUGGGGAAAGGCAAACGAGCCAGGAAGCAAGCAAAGACCGACUCAGAGGCCAGUGUAGGGGAGGUGGAGCAGAUACCCGUGCCAAGAGGCAGGAGGCAGGCUGGAUCCAUUCAGCUAGAGGCAAACGAACAGCGAGGAAAAGGCAAAAAGAAGCCAGAGGAAAGCAAGACCAUAGCAGAGCCUAAAGCCAGGGGAAGAGGUGGACGGAGGCAAACCAGGACAGCGGGAAAUGAAGAGGAGGAGGAGGAGCAGCUCCAGCCAGCCUCAGAGGGGGAAAACUUCAAAGUACCUUCAGUCAAAGGGAAGGGUGGCAGGGUCAGUCGGACGAGGUCGAAGGACAGUAGCGAAGAGGCAGCAGGGAGCAAGGAAGAUACAGCUACAGGGAAGACAGCCACGUCAGAAGAGCCCCAGCUGCAGACUGAGGCAGAGCCAAGAGUCCCAGAGAAAGGGAGAAGGAGAGGCAGGCAGGCAAAGACUGAGCCCCAGGGUCAGGAUGCAGGACCCUCGGAGAUAGAGAUGGACAGCAGCCUUAAGGGGAAGGGAUGCAGGAGAGGGAAGUCGACAGCCUCCCAGAGAGAAGUGGAAGAGGACAGGGAGGACACUGAAAGCAAUGCCAGCGCCAACUCUGAAGAACAGGGGGACAAGAGAGGAAGAAAGCAGGAGGUUCCUAGGACUCCCUCCCCUCAGGGUUCCUCUGGCUCCGCCUCCUCGUCCCGAAAGCGACGCCCACAGAGCCUCGUCACGGGGUCCCAGGACACGCCCCCCAACUUCAAGACCCCCAGGCGAUCGGUGAGCCGAGCCUCCAUCACUGGGGUGAGCCCCCGUCUGACAGGGAGCAGCUCGGUGCCCAAGAUCCAGUUCACCGGGGUGAUCGAUGACUGCGGGCUGGAGGUGAUUGAGCGGCUGGGUGGAGAGAUGGCAGAGUCUGGGCACGACUGCACUCACCUGAUCACAGACCGCGUGCGCAGAACCGUCAAGUUCCUGUGCGCCGUGGCCAGGGGCAUCCCCAUCGUCACCCCAGAGUGGCUUGAGAAGUGUGGGAAGAACGGCUGCUUCCUGUCUCCCAAUGCCUUCCUGGUAAAGGACGUGGAACAGGAGAAGAACUUCAGCUUCAGUCUGGCGGACUCCCUGAUCAAAGCAAGGAGGCAGUCCCUGCUGGAGGGCUAUGAGGUCCAUGUGACUCCGAAUGUGAAGCCAGAGCCGGCGCAGAUGAAGGAGAUCAUUCAGUGCAGUGGAGCCAGUUACCUGCCAAAGAUGCCCAAAGUCUACAAGGACAGGACAGUGGUGAUCUCCUGUGUGGAAGACGCUGCCAAGUGCAAAGCCGCUCUUGGGGCCUCUAUCCCUGUGGUGAAUGCAGAGUUCCUUCUCACAGGGAUCCUGCAGCAGAGUGCUGAGCUGCAGAGAUACAGCCUGCAGGGACCCGGCUUCGACAGGCAGGGGGCGCCAGCACACCGGACCAGCACAGCUGGGGGGAGGAGACGCAGAUAGAGACUCGUUCCUGCUGCUGCUUGAAUCACUGCACUGCUUGACUUUCUUUGACUUUGCAAAAAACAUCAUAUGAGUAAAGGAUGCAUUUCACUGGAUUUUAAGUAACUUAAAAUCUAUUUUUACAUCAGCCUCUUAUAAGUCCUAAGCAAUGUUACAGGUUCCUGCUUAAAGAAAAGCUAAACAAGGUUUUAAAAUAAACAUCUUUGCAUCUUAGUUAUUAGCACCAGCAACAUAUUCAGAUUAUUAAUUUUUAAACUGAUUUUGUAAGAAAUGGUCUGCACUUCUGCAAAAGCAUGUUGUGUUACGUUCUAUUAAGAAAUGGAAUUUUAAAGAGCUGGUUUAUUUGUUGUAAAUGUAGGUUCUGAAGGUGGAUCACCUUCCUGAUUAUCUAGUAACUGAGCUGCAACCCAGCUACCUGCCUUUCAAUGCAUUCCUGUGCAUCUGCAACCCACCUUCAUUUCUGCCCUUUCCAAGACAAAAGAUGAAGACGGGAUCUCUCUUGCCUUGUCAAAGGUGGAAUUGUGAAUUCUUCCAUUCAUGUCAAUGUUUUUCAGCAGUGGUUCGAAAUACUAGGUGAUUUUUAGACUCUUAUUACAUCACUAACAAAAAAUACAGUGACGAUACUUCUUCGUUUUACCCUUCAGAAAUGAAUAGAGUGUGGUGUCAUGAUAAACGCACUCCACCAGAUACCUAAUGGAAAUAAUUUGGGAAGACGAAAAACAUUUAAAGUUAAAUAAUGGACUACAAGGAAAGAUAAUGAGCUAUGAACGUUUUACUACACCUGUAAUGACAUUGUUAUUCAUCUCUGUUGUUGUUUGAAACCAAAGGAUCAAAGAUAUUUUCGUAGAAUCAAACCCACUGCAAUAGCAUUUUUAUCAAAGCGUGAAUCCGAGCCGAUCCCAGCACAAGGAGAAACUAAUCGACACGCCCUGCUUUUAAAACAGAAGGUCAGAAGGAUUUGUGUUUAUUGUGUAAAAUAAGUUAUAACGUCUUUCAAUAAAUAAGAUAUUUUGUAACAUG